AUGGAGUUGACUGGCAAUGCCACAUACAGAGAUCGGUUCGGGAUAUUGCAGAAGGACAGCUGGGGACCGCUCUCUAAGUUCAAGACAAACGAUUCCAGAAGCGAAAGGUUCGAGGAGCUGCAGCCGAAUACCAACUACACGAUCCGGCUGAGCGCUAUGACGCGCACGCGCAGACGGGGGGAUGAGGAGGUGCGGCACUGCACCACGGCGCCCGCGCCGCCCGACACGCCGCCCAAGCCGCGCUGGAGGAAGGUGUUCGCAGACGACAAAUACGUGUUUCCCGUCGAUCUACCACGAAUAACGGAACGCAACGGACGUAUAUGUUGCUACAGGAUAUACAUAGUGCGUUUGAGACCACACCCUGACUGGAGCAACCUACCUCCACCCAGGGACAUGACUGUGGUGGACUAUGAGGAGGCGCAUGGGGUCCAACCAGUUUUGGGGGCGUAUAUCACCGAUGUGUUCUCAAAUGACAGAUUCCCUCCAGAAUCAGAACUCAUAAUGGGCGACGGCAGAUCCUACUACGACAAAGAUGACCCUGGCUUAAACUGGGAGUCUUGCCGGCGCUGCCUAAAAAAGCCGAGAAGGUCCUACGACAUACCGCCACCUGCGCCCAAGCCACCCACCACCACCAUGCCACCUACCACAACUAGAGACGAGUUCUUUGAGGACGAGAUAGAUACCACCAUGGAACCGGAUGAGGAGAAACGUUCACGGAGAUCCUAUAUGGAUAUUGAAAGGGACUACAUGAAGAAUCCAAUGAUGAUGGACAACAAACUGGUGGAGAUCGAGGUCAAAGAGGACUUGCAGGUCAAAGACGGUCUGCUGGAUCCGGCAGCUAACUAUACACUCUACGUCGAGUUGAUUCCUGGUUCAGAGCAAGACGAGCCCUUGUUCAGUGACUACGUCAACGCGCUGAUGCCCGCCGCGUCGCCGGUAGCGCCGCCACCCACCACGCCACUGGAAAUUGCUUUAUUGGCAACGUGCACAGUGGCCGGGCUAGUGGUGGUCGGCAUGGCGACGCUGUGCGUGCUGCAAGCGAGGCGCUCGCGGAAACACCAUCACCACCAUCUGGAAAUGAGUCCUCUGGAAGCUGCCUUCAGAUACGUAGUGGGUCACAUAGGCGGCAGGCAACAGUUGCUGAGUGCGGCGCCUCCGGACAUGCCGCCCAUCGCUAAAGAAGAUCUGGCCGCCGCAUACGCAGAGCGACAAGCCGACUCUGACUAUGGAUUCCAGAAAGAAUUUGAAGUAAAUAUGAAGUCUGAUAAUAA